UCUUUGACAUGGAUUUACGUGAUAUUUUACAAAGAAGUUCUAGAGAGAAGUGUUAUCUAUUGUUGUUUCAGUAUCUUAGGAGAACAAAUUUGAUAAAGAAAAUAUAAUUAUGGCAUGUUUUUUUAUUUUUCUCAAUUUAUGUUCUUCUAUUUAAUAAUUAGUGAAUGUAUAGUUAGAAUCCCGAUCCACAUUCCAUUCCACUUGGUGGCGGUAAUGCAACAUUACGUUGGUUGCCAACCGCCAUAACAAUUUACGAAGAAGAAGAAGAAAAACUACUAGUUUGGUUAAAGCGAAUGCUGCUGUUACAGAAAUGCAUGUACCCCAGACGUUAGCGAUGAGAUAAGGCAAAUUUGUUACUUGAAAUUAUCUUCUGAAGCUUCCUCGUUUGGCCCCAGCUGCUGCCUAAGCACAUAGGUCCACUGAGACACAUGACAGAGCCACGCAACCCAGGAAUGUCCUCUAUCCCUCCGACAGCCCCAGUGCACACUGACUCCACCUCUCAGGCUGUAGAGAUGGACCCAGUGGAGUACACCCUUAGGAAGCGCCUCCCCCGGAAACUCCCAAAGAGACGGAACGACGUUUACGUCAACAUGAAGACCGAUUUCCGGGCUCAGCUGGCACGCUGUCAGAAGCUGCUGGAAGGUGGGAGUCACAGGGAGAUCUGUGUCCACGGCCUGGGCCUGGCCAUCAACAGGGCCAUAAACAUCGCCCUUCAGCUGCAGGCCAGCAGCCAGGGGGUGCUGCAGCUGGCAGCCAACACCUCCACGGUGGAGCUCGUGGACGACCUGGAGCCUGAAGAUCCUGAUGAGGCCGGGGAGCCCAUGACGCGUACACGUAACAACUCUGCAAUUCAUAUUAAGGUUUUCUACCCUGACCCUCAGUAACCUGAAUAAAGGGCGGUUGGGGAGAGGUUCUCUAUUAGUCUUCAAGUUUUAUUUGUUCCCUCAUAAACCAGUAGACAGAUAUAACACUGUGGUCUGGUGGGACUGUGUGUGUGGAGACCUAUGACGACAGCAGCAGAGGACCGCAGAAUGGAGCGGACAACAUAGUGUACGUUUAUCAGUAAACUGAGUUGGAAUACUCCAAUUGGGACUACCUUAGUUGACUAAAUAUAUUACGCUCUUUUGUCAUAUGUUUUGUCAAUUGCAAAUUGUUGCUGUCGUUCCUUUUUCACUUUGCAUGUCUUGAAGCAACAGUGGUGUUCGCCAGGUGAAACCUCAACUUAAUUUAAUAUUUGUAGACAUGGCUGUGCCAAAUGUAACUGUGCAAGUGUCUUUAAUGUAAGGCCUAAGAGUCUGUGCAAGUGUUUACAGUUUCAUGAUACAAAAUUCAUGCGGGUGUUGCUGUUGUAGUAAGUGUCCACUAGAUGUCAGUAGUCUAUUUAUUUAAAUUUGGUUUCAGAUCAUUGAACUGCCGGUGGUGUUUAUGUUCAAAAGGAAUAUGUAAUGAACAGCUUUCAGGAAGACGAUCUAUCUUUAACUAUCACAGGAGGAAAAUUUGAUCAGGAUGUUACUUGAAUGAAUGACACUCAUUUAAGACUAGUGAGGUCUGUGACAGCAGCUUGUAUUCAGCAUCUGAACUGCAGAAGCUUGUUGACUCCACUGAUAAUGAAUGAAAUGGACAGAC